UGUUUAGUUCAUGGAGAGAGAGAGUUUUUGUUUGCUGUGCAUUUCCUUUCUUUUUUACUCUCUCUCUCUCUCUCUCUCUCUACUACUCGCAGAGAGUCACACACACACACACACUCUAGGAAAGAAAAAAAAAGAGCGGAAUUUCUCCCACUUUCACACUUGCUAUAAAUAACUCUCUUCUUCUCUCUUCUUCUUAUUCAUCCACAUUUCUUUAUUUAGUAUCAAUUGUGUGUUGUUGGGAGAUAGGGGGGGAUUUUAUUCUUUUUAUUCAUCUUUCUCUCCUCUCUCUCCGCUUUCUCUCUUCUCUCUCUCUCACACACACACACACACACACACAUUCACAGUAGUAGUAGUAGUAGUGCUAGUAGGAUAGGAGGAUAUGACCCGUCGGACGUUUCUCAUGGCUUCGGCCGUUGCUGCCUUUUCUACUCUUUCUCCUAUGGCAUUGGCACAACAGGCAGUGGAUCCUGCAGUUGGGGGAGCUUUUCAGGUUAUUUCUCAAAACACGGGUGUUGCUGCUGUCCACAUGGCACUGCUCCCAAAUGACAAGCUGCUCCUCUCGGAACGCUUUCACGAAAUUCCCUCAGACUGGCGCAGAUUCAACGCGGACGGAACCCCCAACCUCGCUUGGAACGGUGACCUCGCUCAAGCACUCUGGGCCGAAUCCUCGCCCAUUUACCAACCCAACAAGAACCUCGGCGAUUUCUUUACAGACGCUUGCGAAUUCGACAUCACAAAUGACAAAUUUGAAAUGAAGAAUUAUGCAUUCGAUACCCAGCAGGGCUAUUCGUUUUGUAAUGGUGCUUCCCAGUUGGCGGAUGGCACGAUUUUGAUUGCUGGCGGUGAUCAAAAGUGGAACAUGCCUUUCAAGGGAAAGAAUUACACUAGUGAUGGACGUCGGGAUGUUCGUAUCUACAACAAUGGCGUCUUGACAAAGGUUGGCGAGAUGCCCCUCGACACGCGUGCCAACAAGACGGGUGGAGACUAUAGCGGUCGUUGGUACCCUACCGUCAUUACCUUGCCCGACGAGCGUGCCAUGAUUCUUGGAGGGCACAAGGUGUACUUCAAGCCCACAGACCCCUUGGUCAACAAUCCCACGUACGAAAUCUUCCCCGCGCCCACACCAAAGAACCUCACGGCACCCGUCAACGUUAAUGUCCUCGCGGAAACUUUCCCCAUCAACAUGUACCCCAUCUCCUACGUUCUUCCCCAGUCUGGCCAAGUCUUUACCCUCGCCGGUAACCGCUCCGCCACCAUCAACUAUGCAAACGGUGGUGAGACCCCUGGCCCUUCCCUCCCCGAAGACAAUGUCUACCCGCGCUCGUUCCCGUUCGCGGGUACAAACUGGAUGAACCCGCUCACAAAGGCGAAUGGGUACAAGGCCACCGUCUGGGUCUGUGGAGGCACCAAUCGGACGGCAACUCCAGAUGGAUGGGACAAUGCAAACUUUACCCGUCACUGGUGGGACAAUUGCUCAAACUGUGCAGCCACGGCGAGGUGUUACCACACGAACCCCGAGGAUACUGGUGCCACGUGGGUGCCCGAGGACAUGCCUAUAGCAAGGUCCCAGCCUCAAGCCAUCAAUCUUGCCGAUGGUAAAGUGGGCAUCUUUGGCGGAUCGGGUAUCGGCCACCAAGGAGGGGACGCUGGUGUCGGCUACAUGGCCCGCGAACCCACCAACAAGGCCGUCAUUUUUGACCCAACCCUGCCCGUCGGGAACCCCAAACGCUGGGUCGUUGGCGCCGAAGCCACUGUUCCCCGCCUCUACCACGGCACCUCUGUCCUUCGGACAGACGGCUCUGUCGUGUUUGCUGGCAGUGACGAACAAAACUAUUCGGGCGAAAACCAACGCCGCACCGAUCCCUAUGAAUUGCGCGCCGAAGUCUACAGGCCCCCGUACUUUGCCAUCCCGAACCGUCUCUCCCUCGACCUUGCCUCUGUCGUGCCCAAGGCCGGAUACGGUCAAUCCAUCCUGGUCCCCCUCACGACACCCGCGGGUGCCAAAAUCGCCGCGGUCCACUUUAUCCGCUACGGCACCUCCACGCAUACUCUCAACAUUGACCAACGCCUCGUAGAGCUCGAGAUUCUCAAAUGGGGUAAAGACAAGGUAUUGGUCAAGACGCCCGCGAACGCCAACAUUGCCCCUCCCGGCAACUGGAUGUUGUUUGCCGUGGACAACCGCGGUGCACCCGUUGUUCAAGCCGCGACCAUUAAUUUGCGAGCUGCGAAUGCUGCUGCGGAUGCAACGUGGAAUGAGGCGGAUACCGUUACCCCCGAGCCCAAACCCAGUGGUAGCAAGGAUGCCAACAGUGGAGCGAUGGGUGUCAAGGGGGUGUUGUGGGCUGUUGUGAGUGCUGUUGUGGGUGGUGUUGUCGCAUUUUGGUAGAUGGUUUGGGUAGAUUCAAGUGUUUGCUCUUUUAGCAAGUGAACUCUUUUCUUUUUUUUUUUUUUUAAUAUGGUAUAUCUCGUUUGUUUGUUUCAAUAAGUGGUAUUUUAUGCAACGUGAGA